AUGUCCGGCGACAGCUCGAUCUGCAAACCCAGCAACAACAGCAGCACGAGCAGCAGAAUCAGCCCCAGCAAACCCAAGAUGCGCGGAGCCGAACUCAGCAGACUGAUGACCAGGAGCCUUAAACCGAGCCUGACCUGCAAAAUGACGAACGGCCGGAGAGCGGAGAUGACGAGCGCGGCAGAAGGAUAG